AUGACGAGGCUCCCCUUCCACGCAGACCACAUCGGCUCUCUCAUUCGCCCAGAAUAUGUGUCCGAUGCUCAACGGCAGUUCGACGAGGGCAAAGUCUCCGCAGAGGAGCUCCUCAUCGUCCAGCAGUCCGUCAUUAAAGAAAUCGUCAAGAAACAGCAGUUGAACGGCGUAAGAGCUCUGUCCUCUGGCGAAUUCGACCGCAAGUACUACUUUUCGGGCUUCUUCGAGAAGCUCGCAGGCUUCCGUGAAGUUAGCCCCGUGCCAUGGGAGCUCACGAGGCUGUCUGCGCCGCCCAUCGCCGCGCUCAAGAAAACCGGGCAGCAGUAUCCCAUGGCCGCCAUAUGCGAGGGCAAGAUCCGCUACGAAAGCAGUCCGUAUCUCGAAAACUGGCGGCUGCUGCGCAAUGCCGUGCCCCAAGAGCAGUGGGCGGAAUGCAAGUUCACGAUGCCUCCGGCAUGUUAUUUCCACCUGAGGCUGGCUCCGGGGAAGUGCUACAGCCCUGAAGCGUACUCUAGCGAUGAGGACUUCUUUGCGGACUUGGCAGUGGCCUACCAAAAGGAGAUUCAGACAUUGUACGAUGAGGGCCUGCGGAAUCUUCAAAUCGACGACCCGACGAUGGCGUACUUCUGUUCCGAUGAGAUGCGAGAGUCGUUGCGGAACGAAGGGUCUGAUCCGGAUGAGCUGUUUGACUUAUACCUGAAGGCUCACAAUGACUGCAUUGCAAAGCGUCCGGAAGGUCUCCAUGUUGGGCUUCAUAUCUGCCGAGGCAACUUUUCCAAAUCAAUCCACUUCAGUGAAGGUUCAUACGAGAAGAUUGCCGAACGCUUCUUCACCGUCCUCAAUUACGAUACCUUCUUCCUCGAAUACGACAACGCCAGGUCCGGCGGCUUCGAGCCUCUGCGCUUCCUCCCCAAGGGCAAAAACGUCGUUCUUGGUGUAGUCACAACCAAAGACCCCGAGCUCGAAGAUGCCCAGGAGAUCAAGCAGCGGGUGCUGGAAGCCGCAAAGAUUAUUGCGGACGGUCAGCAACGCAGCGUCGAGGAGGUCAUGGAGAACAUCGGCAUCAGCCCGCAAUGCGGCUUUGCCAGCGUGGCUAUUGGUGCAGAGGGCAUGACGGAGGACAAGAUGUUUGCUAAGCUGAGGCUGGUUAAGGAUAUUGCAAAGGAGCUGUGGCCAGAUCGGCCAUAA